CCACGUCUGCAUAUAUAUUUUACCGUCUGCGACAAGGGCUCUAAAUAAUAUAAAGAGAUGUGCUUAGACAACUUUCAGCAUAUCUUUACAUAAUGGAGAUUACAGUCAGGAAACUCCUUUCCGCCUUGGCAUUCAUCUUGGUGGCCUCCAGCGCCAGACCCGGCGUGGACAGCAUUGGUACAUAUCACCCAAAUCCAUAUAUGUUCUUCCUCGGGCAUGUCCCCUGGCAACGACGCACGGACACGUGUCAGAAACCAGAGACACCUUGCUACAACUAUGUCCUCACCCUCGUCAUCGAUGGAACGGUAGACCUAAGUAACGUCCAAGGAACGCGCAGUGAUAUUCUGGCUCAUCAGCAAAAGGCUGGCCGCUCUGAGACGGACGCCAUUGCUGAGGGGAAGAGAGCUACCGCGUGGUUAAAGAACAAAUACGGCAUUGAUUUCACCGGGAUACCGGACGAAGCGUACAUAGAUGGCACCAAGGCAGUGACUAGUGAAGACGGGGCCUUUACAUUCAGUACCUUCAUCUUGGACCCCGCCGCCAGGUACAGGCUUGUGUCAGCCAGUAAAGGAGAUAAAGUGCAGUUUUUCAAUACCCCAGUGUCUGAGUCGGGUAAGAGUGAAUCUUUUACUUCUGUGCACAAACCUUAUGUCACAGGAAUGGAAGUCCAAGAUACCAUAUGGUUAAUAUAG